AUGUUGGUGUUUGGGGACACCUUCAAGGAGGAGCUGAAGCCUGACAGAGGUGCCUUGUCGUCUCAAAGCCGCCAACUUAAAGCUCAGCCCCAAGAAAUGCACCCUUUUCCAUACCGAAGUACCUUUCCUGGGAUGAGGUGGGCAGACAGGGUGCGGACGGACCCAAGGAAAGUGUGGGCAGUGGAAGGCUACCUAGUGCCAAGGAGUGUAACAGAAAUGAAAAGGAGAUUUGUGCAAGGUUUUGCCACCAUAGCCAUGCCAUUGCAUCGACUAGGAAAGAAGCUAGCUUUGCGUACACCAGUCAGGAAGGCAGCAGCACUCAAAGACGGCCAGAAGCAUGUGGUAGCCUUCUAUAGGUCUAAGUUUUCCAAGCCUGGGAAAAAUUACUGCAACACUUGCAAGGAGCUGUUAACUGUGAUCACUACCGAACUGGAAGGCCAGUUUGUGAGAUGGCUUGGGAAGUUGGAGCAGUACAACUACCUGGUCGUGCACCACAGUAAUGCUGAUAGCCUCAGUCGCCAUCCUUGUGAACCUGUAUUCACAGCUUUCAUCGUGAUCCUGAGGUCACCUGUCGGAGGCUGGUGGUUAGUGAGAAGUGGAUGGAAGACCAGUGGAAGGAUCAGUAUCUGUUAUUCAGUUAUUCAGUGGCUAGAAUGGCCUAGGGAUCAAGAGGACAAUGGAGAAGCUACAGUAGCAUGUUUACUGGGUUGGUCUACGACAGCAAAGAAGGGGCCCACACAAAAGACAUCUGCACCCCUUCAGCUUGUACCUGGCCAGGUCGCCCAUGGAGCAUAUGGCCAGGCAUGUGUCCUUCUCAACUAUGAAGCAGAGACGAUCAAAGAAUUCCUGGUGACACAAGUCUUCACCCAAUUUGGUGUCUCAGGGGAGGUACAUUCCGACCAGGGCCGAGAGUUCGAGUCUCGGGUCUUCAGGAAAUGUCGUCGUCGCCUUCUUGGGGUCCACAAGACCCGCACCACUCCACUGCAACCCCAAAGUGAAGGCAUGGUAGAGAGAUUCAGUGCCACCUUGUUAAACAACUAG